UAGCAGAGGAUCUUCAUCCCAAACGAUGUCGAUGUCUGAAACAACGAGCAGAAUGUCCUUUGUUUCUACUGAACUUCACAACACGCCCGCAUUUAUUCGUACGGGCUUAAUACAACUAGACUACAAAUAGAGUAGACCAAAAGCAAAGGGUCGUAUCUCUGUUUUCAUCGUCAUCAAUCGUCCACCGAGGCGCCGGGGGUGCUUGCUCCCACGAAGAAAUUAUGUCGCGAAACUUUUAUUCGGAACUUUUACUUAAUAUUUGAGCCACGAACUAAAACUAACAUCAUGACGCUCAGUCGUUGUACAACCAAGAGCCACAAACGGGGUCGUUCUGGUUCUGCUUCUGCCUUGCUCACAUUCUUCCUCGCGUUCUUGCGGGGUGAGAAUGGUCCGCUUUUCACCCAGGCCUGCACCUCCGUUGCGAUCGGGAGAGACGCGACGGAACUUGGAAACACGAUGGUGUCACACACGGUGGAUUGCAGCACCUGUGACACGCGGGUGACGUGGGUGCCGCCCCGCCGGUACAAGGAUGGAAAACGUCCUGUGCCGCUACAGUUGAUGAGUUAUCCGCGCAUGGUCACGUCCGAUCCCGCGGACGCGCCGAUGUACUUUCCCAACCAGGCGGAUCUCCGGGCGGACAGCACGAAGGUCACGAAAAUCCUUGGGUACAUCGAGGCCGACCCAGAAGCGACCACGUUUGGGUACUACGAUGGAGCGUACGGAUUGCUGAACGAAAAGGGGCUCGCCUUCGGCGAAAGCACCUGCGGCGCGAAACUCUUUACGGAUUACGAGAGCGGGGCCCUGUUCGGGCUCAAGAUUCUCACCCAAAUCGCAAUGGAGCGAUGUGCGACAGCACGGUGUGCAAUCCACACCAUGGGGGACUUGGCGGUAAGUACUAGAAGUAGAAGGAGAAAGUCAGCAGAGAUGCAAUUUAUAGUACACUUGUGUACUUAUCAAUCUGGUUGUGUUGUUUGAGUUGUGUCAACCCAACCUAUUCGCGCUCGUACUAUAUGCAUAAACGCAUUGCAUUUGCAAUAAAUACUAGGUCAUGAUGAAAGCUCGGCCUCGGGAGAAAAAUCAAAAUGAGGAUGUGGAACGAAGAGCAACAAGCACUUUCUUGUUAGUCUACAACUAGACGAGUCAGAACUUCUACAUGAAUUCCCUCUCCCACCGUCAGGUGAAGCACGGUUUUUAUGGCGAAGACCCGGGACCACCAGGCGCAGGCGAAUCCUUGCAGAUCGCUGACGGCAAAGAAGCGUGGAUCUUCCACGUCCUGUCGAACGGAAAAAAAUCGGCUGUCUGGGCGGCGCAGAGGGUGCCAGACGACCACUUCGCCGUAUGUCCAUUACAAAUCUGUGUGUCUCGAUAUGGCGCUCUCAACUGUUACAUUCUCAACUGUUACAUGAAUUUGUGCUGCAAGAAUGGCAAAAGUGAAAGGGGUGACCUUGCGCGUCUUGCAUGACAGAUCUGGCACAGAUUCUCAGCCUGUUGGGCCCUUCGAGAAUUUGUCAUGCGAAGCAGCUUGAUCGUGUCGAUUUUGAUUGUGCUUUUGCAUUGCAAAUCAUGUAACAGCUGAGAAUGUAACGAACAUUUGAGAACGCCAUACUCGACAUUCUCUGGUGGAAUCGUGCCCCAUUUUUCCGGGAGCUCGGCUCGCAGUAGGACCGCGAGUUGUUCAUCUGCAACAUCAUCUCAUUUCUAGUGAGCCUACUUCUGCAUGUGCGCAUGAACAUGAAGAUGCAUUUGGAUUCUAUGGCGUCCACCUGCUAUCUGUAUUCAAUGGAUUCGCAAAGAACAAUCGAAAUUCUUGGUCUGCGGCGUUAGACUUAGUGUCGACGUCGUGAACGUAAUCUUCGGCUGAGUAGUAGUAGUACACGACCAGAAAGUGUUUUGAUGAUGUUGAAUGAUCUGGUUCCUAUAGGACUCAUGUCGUGCUGCAUGAUGGCGGUUCUUGCUUCCAGACCGAGUUCUCCUCCGAGACACAAAAAUGUUUUUUUUUUUGAUGUGCUACCGUGGCGAACAAUUUCAUCAUCCGCGACAUCCAGACGUGUGUUUUCCCGUCGUCCUCGGGUUCUGCACAGACCAGCUCCUCCAAGCAGGACAACAUUUUGUGCAGCGCGAACAUCAAACAGGUGGCGAUGGAGAACAGGCUGUGGACGCCGCUGCAGGAGGACGAAAACGCCCCGGCGCCCUUCGACUUUACCAGCACGUUCGGCGAGGACGUGCGGUCGUUCCACUACAUUCCGGAACUCCCGCCCAUCCCUUUGUACAUCACCGGGCGCAUCUGGCGGCUGUACAACCUGGUAAACCCGGGGUUGAUGCGCGAGCUGCAGCUGCACGACCUGUAUCAAGUGCAAGUAUGUCUGGGUCUGGAAGAAUAGGAUUUGUGAUGCUAACUCUCGAUCAUACAAAAAACUCUAUUGCAUGACCAGCAAAAGGUGCUCAGAUUUGUGCCACCCGGAUCGGGCAUUUCUCAUGCAGGAUAGGCAUGAGAAAGCCUUCGCGAGGGCUGUGAUGCUAGAGAAUGCAUCACAAGCAUCGUGGGUCAUGUACAAUUUGCAUGACAAACACCCAAAUCUUCCAGACCCAGCCAUAUUUGCAUUUGAUAACCUGCCCCCCACCGACAACACCCGCCUGCCGUUCUCGGUCCCGGUGUCGAGAAAGCUGAUAUGAGAGUACACAACUCUCCCUCUCCCUCACUUGUCAUGCAAAACCCAAAAUCCAGUAGUCUAGUGUAGGUGCCUUGUGGCAUGCUUUGCAUGACAAAUUACGGAAGCCCAAACACUACUACAUUCAUUAGGUACAUAAAUUUGUCAUGCAUACACUCCACGUGUGCUGGUGUCUGUAUUGCUGUUCAUGCCAUACAAAUGAGGGGGAAAGGGCGUUGUGCACCCUCAUAGCUGACAGAGCAGGCCGUGAAGGAUCUCCACCGCGACCACUACGAAGGCACGCCACUGGACCUGCGCAAGGGCGUUGUCGCGGGGCCCUUCCAGAGCCCGAACCGGUUGGAGCGGGGGCACGCCGCGGUCGCGAUGCACGUGCAAUUCGCGCGCGCGAUCUCCAUACCCAGGACCACCUACGCGUGGAUUGGGUCUUCGUUUGCAGCAGCCGAGCCAGAACUUAAGGAGGCCGGCAAGAACAUCAAACAUGAUUUGACAAAAACCACUCGCGGGUGGUUCGCGCCGGAUACCCCCGCCUCCAGUGUGUACCUGCCCCUGUUCGUCCCGGAAGAGAAAGACCUGCGCCGAACAACGGAGAUGAAAAUUAAAACAUUGAACGACGAGGACGAAAAACAAGCACCCACGUCGACUUCUGUGAAGGUUUCCGCGGCGCUCGGUGCCUCACUCCAACGGGGGACGAGGUGGAAGGUGGACCGCAAGAGUGCGUGGUGGGCCUUCAAUCUCGUUGCGAAUCUAAUGGAAUGGAACUACGAGCACAUGGAGAACGAAGAUGUAUAAAGAAGAAAAUUUGUGCGCAUAGUUUAGUGCGUUCCUUUUGAAUUGAAAUGAAGUACAAUGACGAGGAGCCGAUGCUGGCUUCUUGCAUAGAUGAGGCUACUGAGCAUUGAUUUCAUCAGGCAUUAAUAUCUCUUACCUGUACUCCUCUGGCGCCGCACCAGCAGAGGCAUACUUAAUGUUUACAAAGCAAAAUGAAUGUGAAUGAACUUUGAGGUUAUGCCUCGCGUGCGGUCUUGGGAACAGAAGAUCGACACGUUUAUACGCACGCAUCCACAAGUCAGCAAGAACGAAGCGCUCACGAUCGAUGCGGCGCAGGCUGAGCUGCACGACAAGGUCGUAGCGGACUGGUGGGACCUCUAUGCUCUGCGCAAAAGAAUCGCACUCGUGGUGAUUGCAUCUAUGCACGACAAAUCUCCUGGCUAAGGUAAUACAGCAGCAUAACAAAUUUCAUUUGUAAUGCUAAGCGAUCAAAUUUGUAGAGUAGUAAGUAGUCAUGUAAUGCAAUGACUACUAGUUGUUGCGCAAUGGUUUUGCAAUGCAUAACCUUGCGGACGAGCUGAUGGUAAAGUACAACGACGGGUUAUCCUGAGUAAAAAUGUCCGCACCAUGACCACAUAGUCUGUCAACAAGAUGGGAACUUUGCAAGACAAAUCCAGAGGUUGUGGGAAUCAAGCAUGACAGGUUUUUCGCUGCAUUGAUUGUGCAUGGCAACUCUGGGUGGGUGCUGGGCUGGACGUUUUUCCACAGGAUGCGGAUUCAUCAACACCGAGGCAACGGGGCUCGGCAGCUUCCUCGGCUACCCAAGCGCCUACUUGGAAAUGACGGGGGCGAACGACGUGCCAAAUCCCAAGUACGUCCUGCCCGCGGCCUUCAACCCGGCGACCUACGAGGAGUUUGUGAAGAUGUGGGAAGAGAAAGACUCAUCUCGGUCGGAUGUCGCUGCACGAAGAUCAUCAUUUUCUCCCGGUGGAGCAGCUGCGAGAGCUAGUGCCGGUCCCGGUGCAGAUCCUCUGCAUGAGCAUGCCUUAGCUGAAAAUAGUAAAGAGACCACGCACAUUACCUCCGCUGCUGUCAGCAAUUUGGCGGCUUCGGCGGAGCACACUAGUACGAGGACCACCUUUGUCGACCAGCACGGCGUUUUUUUCCCGGCCUUUCUGGGCGCCGCGUUUGGCGCCAUAUGCACUCUCGUGUUUGUGAGUGUGCGGGCACCUCGGGUUGAAGUUGGAGGAACUGCGUACCAUGCAAUAUGA